AUGUCUCAGAUAUCAUCACCACUCGAAGGCAACUUGCCUACUCAUGAGGAGGUUAUUGCUCAUGCUGCACCGGAAUAUUCGAACGAAAAGGCCUACUAUGGAGACGAUAAAGAAGUUGAGAUAGCGAAAAUAGACUCUAUGUCUAUCGGGGAAGUCUUUUCUGACGGUCCACGGCUUAUUGAUCUUGGUGAAGAUGGAAAGGAGAGGCCCAUUGAAACUGACGCUGACUACUCAAUGCGCUUGAUAUCACUCGAUGAUGAUCCUAGUCUUCCGAUAUGGACCUUCCGGAUGUGGUUCCUCUCCCUCGGGCUGUCGUGCUUUGGUGCUGUACUGGGUCAAAUAUUUUACUUUCGCCCUCAAGCGGUUCAAGUUAGCCAGCUCUUUUUACAGAUUAUAUCCUAUGUGAUGGGCAAGGCAAUGGAAGAGAUAAUACCAGGCCCUGGAAAUAAAUCAAGAUUCAGGACAAAAAACAACACAUUUUGGAGGUUCAUGAAUCCGGGCCCAUUUAAUAUCAAAGAGCAUAUAGCCAUUACUAUCAUGGCAACGACUGCGUCUUCCUCAGCUCUGGCAAUUAGCAUUUUUGCAGCUCAAGAUUUAUACUAUAACGUUCGACCGAACGCCGCUGUGGGCAUAUUCACGUUGAUUGGUUCACAGUUGAUUGGAUAUGGAACGGCCGGCGUAAUGAGGAGUUUCUUGGUAUAUCCUACCUUUGCCGUGUAUCCGCAGCUUAUGCCAACUGUCCAACUCUUUGAUGCCCUUCAUCGAGGACAAGAGGCAAUCAUGCAAAGAAAGCGCUUACGAUUUUUCUGGAUCAUUUUUGUUGCUAUCUUCGUUUGGGAAUGGUUCCCUGAAUAUAUUGCCCCAACGCUCACUGGCAUUAGCAUCUUCUGUCUAGCGAACCAAAAAAAUGCUUGGUUCACUCGUAUAUUUGGUGGGGCGGCAGGAAAUGAAGGCCUUGGAGUGUUCUCCAUUUGUUUCGAUUGGGCAUACGUGGGAGCAGGUGGUGGCUCAAUCGGGUCGUUGUUCACACCAUUAUCAACCCAGCUCUCCUUGUAUGGAGGUACGGCCGUCUGCAUAAUUGCUUUUUGUGCAUGCUAUGCAAGGAAUACAUGGAACACUCAGAAUUUCCCGUUCCUGACGCAAUUGCUAUAUUAUGAGAACGGAACGGAAUAUGAUCAACUGUCUAUCCUGAACGAUGAUUUUACUUUGAACCCCGAUAAGCUGGCCGCUCAAGGGCUUCCGUGGUAUGCGGCAUCACAAUUAUUGUACAAGGUCAGCAGGACGAUGUAUAUAGGCGCCGCUAUUACACAUUUCUUCCUUUGGCAUUCCAAGACCAUCUACAAGAUUAUAAGCGAAUAUCGAACAUCUGAAUGUCCUGACCCCCAUUACCAGAAGAUGAAGAUUUACAAGGAGAUUUCGAAUUGGUGGUACUUUGCCAUUUUUGUCGCUACGACGGGAAUCGCUCUCGGAACGACAUAUGCGGCAAAGUCAGGUCUUCCUUGGUGGGCACUUUUUGUUGCACUGAUUUUUGCAUGGAUGUUUGUGCCAAUCAUCGGAACGCUCAAUGCAACUGUGGGUUACGCACCGAGUAUUGAAAAUAUGGUUCAGAUGUUAGGCGGUGCAUUAGUCCCAGGGAAACCAGUGGCAAACAUGUAUUUCACGAUGUAUGGAUACAAUCCCGUUGUUCAGUCACUUAAUCUUCUCCGGGACCUGAAACUGGGGCAAUAUUGUAAACUACCGCCGAGGGUGACUUUCACAGUGCAAAUUAUUGGGACAAUCAUUGGCGGUUUAUUAAACUUCGUAAUCAUGAAGACUGUAGUCAGCGCUCAACGAGAUGUUCUGCGAAGUGUUCAGGGAACCAAUGUAUGGUCUGGACAACAGGUUCAAUCUUACAACAGUGCUGCGAUUGCUUGGGGAGCGCUUGGAAAGCCUCUUUACGCGACGGGUACUCGAUAUGGUUUUGUGCCCUACAUGCUUUUGGUUGGCCUUGGAUUCCCAAUUCCAUUCUGGCUACUGCAUCGGAAGUACCCCAAGGUUGGCUUCAAUCUUGUCUUUACUCCGGUCCUUGUCGCUGAACUCGGUAUUUUGAGCGUCGGAAUUAACUCCAGCGUCUUCACGUCCUUCUUGUUGGCUGUCUUCUCUCAGUACUACCUUCGCAAAUAUCGAGCAACAUGGUUCAGAAAGUACAACUUCCUUCUUAGCGCUGCCCUUGACGGGGGAACAUCAAUCAUGGUGUUUGUGUACACCUUCGCCGUAGGAGGUGGUAGCGGCAAGGUUAUUCCAUUCCCUAACUGGGCAUUGAACCCUAAAGGAAAUCCGGAUUAUUGUAAAAGAUUAACGUGA